ACCGCCAUUUCGUUUAGAACCUAGAAACCACUGUACGAGAACCCGAACAGCCACAUUAAAAAGGUCGCAGCGUAAUGGAUUUAAAAGGGCAGCAAAAACACACUGAAGAUAAAGACGACACCAGGCAAAGGUUAACCGUUCGCAGUCACGAAGCGGCAGCAUCAUCAAUAUCAUCGGAGGCAAGUUCGUACGCAACAGACGAGGCGACUGAGGGUUCAACAGACCCGAGCGAAGCAGAGUCACAUCAACGAAGUGACAGGCACACCGACGAGCCGAGCGAAACAGACUCGUCGGAAACGAGCUCGUACGACUCACAUGGGGCGGCGGACGACCUUGGAGAACCACACGUGGUUGCUGUGGACGUUGAGGACAAUGUCGAAGAGACAGCGUGGUGCGAGCCCUUUGGCAGUGCGGCCGUCGCAGCGCUGGCAUUGGUCGCUGCCUUCCUUAUAACAGUAGUGUUCAUGACACUGAAAAGCCUCUACGGAUACGACGUAGAGUUAACUGCGAACGAUAUUGACGAAGAGCCAACGUUGUCAUUUUUGCGUCUGCCUGUGGAGGAACCGGCCAUCAUGGCUUUUAGUAAACUCGACGAACACGAAAGACCCCAUCAAGUGACAUCAACGCAAACGCUGGAAGCAACGAGAGCUUUAUCAUUGAACAUGUCAAUAGACAUUGACAACAGGACAGUAUUCUGGAUUAAGAGAGUACAAAUUGGCGGUGACGAUCAGAUACUGCCUAUAUACAGCGUUCCUACGACACGAAGAGCGCUAAGGAUGCGAAGACUACGAAAAUUGACCAAGCCUCCCAUCAUACGCCGAGAGAUGCCGCGAUGGAAACUAUCAAAGGUGUCCUUCAUUGAGCUUAAAGAAUUCAAGAAACGUCGCCUGAACAUAAAACUUGUCGUUAAGGAAAACACUACCGCUGUUGAGGGCUUUCGUCAGCCAAAAUCGACUGAAGAAGUCAGUAAUAGAGGCUCUUUACAAGCGCAUAACGAUCGCACUGCUCAAAAAUUAGGUGGAUUUGUCGGCUCACCAAAUCCUUUCAACACAGAGUACAACUCUAAAAGCAAACGUUCACGACUUAGAAUUGAUUCAGUCCGCACUCACUCUAAUCAAAAAAGAAACAAGGCUGUGCUAUCUUCGGCAGCAGCGACUGCCGCAUACUUGGCCUGGAAGAAGCCACCCUUGAUGGUAAAUGUGACCAAUAGCUCUGUAAAGAGCAUUCACGAAGGGGAAUCAGCUCUACUUGCUGAAGUACACUCUGAUGGCUUGCCCUACUCAAGCAAAGCAAACAGAGAGCCAAUAGCAGAUUCACUGAACCAAUCACAUCACGUGAUGCAAACCAGUGCAACGUUUUCUCUGUACCAAAAUGACACAAAUGCGAAGCAUGGAGCGAAACGGCAUAGAAGUACAGCUGAAGCUACGCAGUGCAGCUCUCAAGAAUGCCAAGUACCUCAAGAACUUAUUGCGCGCAUAGCUAAUGCUGUUGAAACGGAUCCGUGUGAAGACUUCCAGCAACACGUGUGUGGUGGGCAACAAGGACGGUCACGUGGGCUCUACACCCAGAUGCGAAACGAUGCAGUUAACUCACUCAAGGCGCGACUCGACUCCUCGUUGGUUCUGGAGACCAACCACACGGCGACGCAGAAGGCGGUCAGCCUGUUUCGAGCCUGCACGCGAUUCCCCAAAGAGGGACUCGCCCUGGAGUUGCCCAGAAUAAGGCGCUUCCUCGAGUCCAUUGGAAUGAAUCUCACUGGCCGGCAGGAGCAGGGUGCUAAGGACACGAUGGACAACCCGGUCUUGCCCAUGCUUCGCCUUUCCCUUCAGUACGCGCUCCACACUUUCGUGGCCUUCCGCGUCGAUGGUCUGAACGUCGUCAACGGCAAGAAGGUUAUGCGCGUUGUCGUCAGCAGGACCGACCACGAUUGGCUGAAAGAGAGGGCGACGCUCAGCGAACGAGAUAAAAAGGACUUCUACGCCGGCGUCUUGCUAGUCUACGAAGCCAAACCAUUGCGACCUGAGAUCGUGAUGCUCAUCCCAGAUAUCGCAAACUUUGAAUCUGAAGCUUUCAGGAAAUUAAAACACCAAAAGCGACUAACCAGCAUGUACACGGAAAGGUCACUCGUUCGCCUGGAACACUUGGCUAACUAUGCUCACUGGUAUGGACAAGCGGAUGAAUGGCACGCCCAACUUCAACAACUUUCGUUGCUGGCUUAUGGAUCGAAUGACACUGCGCACGCCUCUUCUGCUGCCCUCGAACUGCUCAAGCUGAUAACUGAGCCCGAGUCAUGGCCGAAAGGCCGUCAGUUGAUGUGUUGGAGCCUCAUCCGCCAACUGGUCAGUUUUGGUAGGAACCCGCUACUGGCUCUGCUGCCUGAGAGUGACUUGAAGAGCCAUUGCAUCCAGAAAGUUUCUGAAGUCAUGGAACCAGCAAUCCAGGGACUUAUCCUUUUCAAACAAUUCACGUCAGAAGUACGGGAGCAAGUGGAGGCGGUAGCCACCGUUGUCCUCGAGACGUUCACGAAGCAUUUGAAGGACCACGGCAAUACCUCCUGGCACCUACACGACUCUGUUCGGCUGGAAGCGCUGCACAGGCUAGCCACGCUGAAGCUAGACGUUGGUUUUCCGGAUCACAUUCGUGAGGAAUCAGAUUUGGAAGCAAUAUACAGCUCAUUCCCAGAAGCCAAGGGAACCUUCUGGGACGCUUGGAUUCGCUAUUCAAAUAUUGUGCAAAAGCUGAAGCUAGAGCGGGUCAGUCAACCGAACGUGAACUUCGAGGCUGCGGGCAUGACAGCUGCCUACUCUCCCUGUCUCAACAAGAUUGUCAUCCCCGCUGGCGUUGGCCGACCUCCCUUACUGAUAAGCAAAGGCCCUGCAGCGUACCACUAUGCAACACUCGGAAUGAUCAUCUCUCAUGCAUUGUUUCGUGGUGACUGCGUUCGGGAGGCGAGAGGCAUUGAUUCCAUGGCAACCGACUGUAAAAACUGGUGGACAGCCGCAGCGCAGUAUUAUUACUUGCAAGGAACUCGAUGCCCUUCGACUGAGCCUCCAUCGCUUGCUGAGGACUACGAAUACAUUCCCUCCUUAAAUGUGGAACCAGAGCUCUUGCACGCGCUAGCGGCGACAUCCGCAGCCUACGAAGCCUUCCGCUCACUUCCGGAGCCGCAGAUGAAUCACGUGUUCCCUACGCUCAACUAUACGGCAGAACAAGUCUUCUUUGUGGUGAACUGUGCUUUACAAUGUUGCGACGGCGAAACUUACCGUUCCUAUGCUUCAUACGAUGACCAUUCAUUUUGCGAAGAUGGCGUUUCUUCCUGUCACUUAUCGUCGGGGUGCAACAGCGUCGCCAAGCGGCUUCCAGAGUUUUCCGCUGCCUUUCGCUGUCCAGCAGGAUCCAAGAUGAACCCCCGGGACAGGUGUGCGAUGUGAACAGAAACGUUCGCUUUGUGAACGUUUUGAAAAAUGCCAAGGACAGAAUGGCUGGGGAGGGGACGCAGUUAUAUGGUAUAUGUGAAUGCUUUGUGUUCUCAUUCUUAUUACCAUCCUUCAAAACGCAAUUCAUUUGCAUUAGUUGGUAUUCCGCAUUACGUAGUGACGCCAGCAGCUGCCUAGCUGCUUGUAAAGAGCCAUCGCCACCUUAGUAGCACUGCAUUAAAGUUUAAUACGCAUCUUCAUUCAGCCGUCCAGAGGGUGUUCUUAGGUAUCAUUGUGAUAAGACGUACGCGUCUAACACUAAGCUUGUUUCCGAACGUGAACCAAAAAAAUAAUCACACGAAAUUCAUGCGUAACAUAGGAAGGCCAUUUGCUGUUCUUAUUUGGCUUUUCCUUGUCUAAAAAUAUUAGCAAUAAUUUUUACACAAAUGUAUUUUGGACGAUUUGUGCCGAACUUUGUAUUUCGCGCUUCCUGGUAGGUGCUGGCACACGAGCUAAGAAUGCGCCACCUGAUAUUUCAUGUGUGAUUCUUAGAAUAAACAAGUCAACAACAACAAGUCAAGUUUCUUCCUGUUCACGC